AAAUAAAGGGGGACGAUAGAUGAAUUAGUAAACAAAAAUAGACGCAACCGACGGACAAUAGCAGUAGGUAAUUUGUAGAGCAGUUGACAAUUUGCUGUAAACAUUUCCUUCAUUUUCACGCACGCCCCAUCUCAAUUCCCGUAUAUAUUAUUGUUUCCCAAUCCAUCCACCAAAUUCGCACAUAUUAUUCUUUCGAUUUUUGUUUUUCCUUUCCCCUUCUCCCUGUUCUGUAUUAAAUCAAUAAUCCACACACGAAUCCCACUUACCUAGCAGUGGAGAAUUGGAUUGAGGAAAUUUGUGAAUCCAGAAAAAAAAAAUGGAUCCUCCUAGCUCUUGGGAUUCCUUGCGUAAACAGGCCCGGAAACUUGAAGCCCAGCUGGAUGAGCAGAUGCAUUCAUAUCGUAAAUUAGUAUCAACAAGAGUUAAUGAUUCUAAUGAUAAUGAUGUGGAAUCUGGAAUUGGUCAGCUCUUGAAACAACUUCAACAAGUAAAUUUGCAAAUGCAAGCUUGGGUUUCAUCUGGAGGAUCUGAAAUAUUUUCUCAUACGUUGACUCGACAUCAAGAAAUUCUUCAGGAUCUUACUCAGGAAUUUAAUCGACUCCAUUCCAGUCAUAGAGCUAAGAAAGAGCACGCAUCACUGCUUGAGGAUUUUAGGGAGUUCGAUCGUACAAGAUUAGACCUCGAAGAUGGUGGUGGUUCCUACGAACAAGCUGCUCUUCUGAAGGAACGUGCUUCCGUCCAUAGAAGUGCCGGUCAGAUGGACUCUGUGAUAUCACAAGCACAAGAGACCUUAAAGUCUUUGGUGUUCCAACGUUCCACAUUUGGGGGCAUCAACUCAAAGCUCAGUAAUGUCAGCAGCCGCCUUCCCACGGUGAAUCAUAUACUCUCAGCAAUAAAGAAGAAAAAGUCCAUGGACACCAUCAUACUCUCCUUAGUUGCAUCUGUCUGCACAUUUCUGAUUUUGAUAUACUGGUGGACCAAGUAGAGGAGUUUUCACAUAUGAGAUGAUCUUAAGGCUGGUAUACUGUUUGUACAUACAUAUCCUAUCGGCUUGUUGCUGGAUUUUGUUUGUUUACAUUUAUCAUGGCAUCUGAGGUUCAAUUGUAUCACACCAUUUUAUUCAAACAAAAUUCUAUUUAUGACAUUUGUUUCUCACACAGAAAGUCAUGAUUCGCAUUCAAUGAUUACAUAUGUAUUCAACUUUUGAUUUCUGAU